AUGCCUCAAACGCCCAAGUCACACCCAGGCUUGGUCCUAGGGGCCGCCAACAUGGGCUCAGCGAGCGAUCCCAUGUGCAAGACCACGACGCCCGAGGCGGCGGCGGAGCUUCUAACGAUACUGCAGUCCUAUGGCUACGACACGGUGGACACGGCACGACGCUACCCACCGUUCGCACAGGGGACGAGCGAGGAACUCCUUGGCUCGGCGCUCGCGAUACUUUCGAAGAGGAACAACACGCCGGCAAACCCACCCAACAUCAAGAUCGACACCAAAGUCCUCUCGAACCCCGGCGACCACACCAUCCCACGGAUAACCUCCAGCAUCAGGGCCUCGCUCUCCGCGCUCCAGCUCCCCAAAGUCCAUACCAUCUACGCCCACGCACCGGACCGCUCCACGCCCUUCACCUCCGCAGCCUCCGCCUUCCACACCGCCGUCACGACCCACGGCCAGGCCGCACGGUGGGGCAUCAGCAACUACACGCUGUCGGAAGUGCAAACCCUGCUCCAGAUCUGCGACGAGAACAACUGGACCCGCCCCUCCGUCUACCAGGGGCAAUACAGCGCGGUAGCCCGCCAGAGCGAAGCCCUCCUCAUCCAGUAUCUGCACUCGCAGGACAUCUCCUUCUACGCCUUCGCGCCCGGCGCCGCGGGGAUCUUCGGGUCCGCGUCACGACUGCAGCUGCAGAACGCCGCGGGGGAUGCGAUGCGGGCGGCGUACGGUGUGGAUGCGGUGCGGCGUGCGGCGGAGAGGGUCAAGGCGGUCGCGGCGGAGAAGGGCAUCAAGAGUGCGCACGAGGUCGCGGUACGGUGGGUGGUGUGGCAUAGCAUGUUGGAUGCAGCGUACGGGGACAAGGUCAUUGUUGGGGCAGGGAGUGUGCAACAGUUGAGGGAGACGUUGGACGGGGUGGAGAGGGGCCCAUUGGAGCCGGAUGUCGUCGAGGUUGUGGAGCGCGUUUGGGCUGAGAUUGAGAUUGAGAGGGAGAAUCCGGGGGUGUAA